UCAUGCUAAAAUAUAUCAGGACUAUUUUGGGUUAACACAAACAGAGGAAAGAGCGGCAAGAGAGGAUGAGAAACAUUGACCGUGUUCUUCAGCCCUACAUUUCUCCUUCGACUUCCAUAAUUUUCUCUCUCGCCGGAGCUUCGCGUAACUGAUCUCCACUUGUCUCUGCAAUCGAAAUCCUCAUCUUCUUAUGAUUUUUCACAAAAAAAAUAAUAACUAUUACCCCAAAUAAUCUAUUAGCAUUGUGAAAAUGAUAACAAUACCGUAUUUGACAGCACUGACAACGUAUUUCAGCUAUGGAUUGCUGUUUGCAUUUGGCCAGUUUCGCGAUUUCUUUCGUAAAAUCUUCGAUUGGUGGAACGCCAGCGGUAAUCUUAAGGGCUAUGCUCCGAUAUGCCUAGGAAUCGAGGAUUUUUAUAUCCGUCGCCUAUACCUUCGUAUUCAGGAUUGUUUUGGCCGUCCUAUAUCAAGUCCGCCCGAUGCUUGGUUUGAUGUCGUCGAGCGUGUUUCAGAGGACAACAACAAGACACUAAAGCGUACAACGAAUGUUAGUAGAUGCCUUAACCUGGGAUCCUACAAUUACCUUGGGUUUGCUGCAGCAGAUGAAUAUUGCACUCCUCGUGUGAUUGAAUCGUUGAAAAAAUUCUCUCCCAGCACCUGCAGUCCUCGUGUUGAUGCAGGCACAACGGCACUUCAUGCUGAAUUGGAGGAGCGGGUGGCAAGUUUUGUCGGAAAGCCAGCUGCUUUAGUUACUGGCAUGGGCUAUGUCACAAACUCUGCCAUUCUCCCCGUUUUGAUAGGAAAGGGCGGGUUGAUCAUCAGUGAUUCUCUUAAUCACAACUCCAUUGUAAAUGGGGCAAGAGGUUCAGGUGCCACAAUCAGAGUUUUCAUACAUAACACUCCUGCCCAUUUGGACGAAGUUCUGAGAGAAAAUAUUGCAGACGGGCAACCCAGAACACAUCGGGCAUGGAAAAAGAUAAUGGUUAUAGUUGAAGGGAUAUACAGCAUGGAAGGAGAGCUAUGUAAGCUUCCAGAGAUUGUUUCAAUUUGCAAGAAAUACAAGGCUUAUAUUUAUUUGGAUGAAGCUCACAGCAUCGGGGCCAUUGGCAAAACAGGACGGGGUGUUUGUGAACUUCUGGGCGUCGAUACUUCUGAGAUUGAUAUAAUGAUGGGAACUUUUACGAAGUCUUUUGGAUCAUGUGGUGGGUACAUUGCUGGAUCCGAGGAUCUUAUUCGAUACCUGAAGUAUACUUGUCCUGCACAUCUAUACGCAACGUCAAUAUCUCCUCCGUCUGCUCAACAGAUUAUGUCUGCCAUAAACGUCAUACUCGGAGAAGAUGGUUCUUCCAGAGGGGCACAGAAGCUUGCAAGAAUCCGUGAAAACAGCAACUUCUUCAGAUCACAGCUGAAGAAGAUGGGGUUCGAGGUUCUUGGGGACAAUGACUCGCCUGUAAUGCCAAUAAUGCUUUACAAUCCAGCAAAAAUUCCUGCAUUUUCACGAGAGUGCCUUAAGAGAAAUUUGGCUGUAGUGACAGUUGCUUUUCCAGCCACUCCUUUACUGUUAGCCAGAGCGCGUAUCUGCCUUUCGGCUUCUCACACAAGGGAAGACAUGGAGAAAGCAUUGGAGGUUAUCAGUACAGUCGGUGACCUAAUUGGCAUAAAAUACUUUCCUGCUGAACCGAAAAAACCGCAGCUUCAAGAUGACAGAGUUAAACAGGAAUGA